UCUACCCAAAGAAUAUUGCCGCUUUUAUUUCUUAAAAUGCAAGAAAUGUGGAUAUAUUUGUAAACAUACGCGGUUUUAGUACAAUUGGAUGUGUUUAAAUAGUUUUAUGCUAUAAAUUACGCAACGACGCGGUUACAAAGCUUCGCCAAAUCGAUCAAAUUCAUGCGGUGACACUAUGAACCGAACUAUCCGCUUAGUAAAUGUGGUCCCUGUUACCAAAAUAAAGAAAGAACUAAGUGACAAUGAAGAAGAUGAGGUGACAUGUAAAGUGUGCGCUAAAGGGUUUGCCAGUGAGGUGGCACUGAACAACCAUGCCAGAAAUGAGCACAUCGACGAGUACAUCUCAGGGGAAGACCUGUGCAAUCGUCCGAGGAAAAGGAAACGUCAAACUCUUACUAAAGCAGAAGAGGAGGCCAUGGAAAUAAAAAAACAAGAGGUACUAUCGUCCAUGGAGCCAGCAGACUUGACGGCAUUAGCAUCCAAAGAGGUGGACUACAUCCUCAUCAAAGCUGAUGAUGACCCAGAUGAACCAAAGAGAAGGUCCAAAGAGAAGUCUGGCACGAAAGCCAAAGCACCUAAAACUCCACGUCAAAACUCGAAGGCCAAUGUUGUGCCUUUACCUAUUACGGGUCCAUUUGAAUGUGUCAUGCCAUCAACCCAAGCCCCCGAGGGACUCUGCCACCAGAUAUUCCUGUCGUGUUGCGAAUACUCCCUGCACCAUAGAGACGAGCACACAAGGAGACGGAAAUGCAACCGGUGCCAGGUCUGCGAGAAACCACUGUCCAGCGGUUACUCAGAAUCGCCUUUCCCCUGUCUUGUGUGUGGAAUGGGAUUUGAAUCAAAUAAGGAAUUGACAGCUCACACCAAUGUGGCACACAUCAAACUAAAGCCAUACCAGUGCAGCAUAUGCAGCAAGCGGUUCACGCAGCAGGGUGGCCUGCAACAGCACAUGCGCAUGCACACCGGCGAGCGCCCACACGCCUGCACCUUCUGCCCCAAAACUUUCACCCAGAAGUCCGGCAUGGAGCAGCAUCUUCGCAUACAUACAAAGGUCCGACCGUACCGCUGCGUCAUAUGCGAGAAGACCUUCUGCCAGUCCGUGCACCUGCAGCAGCACAUGCGAACUCACACCAACGUCGCGCCCUUCGAGUGUGGCAUAUGCCAGAAGCGGUUCAAGCAGAGCAGCCACCUCAACUACCAUCUCAAGAACCACAACCCGUUCAACAUGACGGAGGAGCAGAAGAAGAAGUACGCGGGCCUCUUGGGCAUGAUUGAGAAGAAUCUGGUGGAGGUGGAGGUGGAGGCGCUGGAGCAGGAUGUGACCUCGCAGCAGGUGGACAACGAACUGAAUCUGAAACAGGAGGAUAUCAUACACUUGGAAGGCGGAGAGACUUAUGUGUUUGAGGAGAAUGGUGAGACGGUGUGGUGUGAGACCGUAGAGGCUGAAUAAUUGACUCAAGAAAGAGAAAAUUAUAUAAAGGAAACCUUGCCAAAUAAGAUGUUACACUAAAUUUAAUUCUUUUGGACGUCAGACACCCAUAUUGCACUCGUUUGGCUUUUGUUAGGUUGUAACAAGUACUGUCACAUUUGGAAUCCCCCUUGGGCGGUUUUGUGACGUAUGGAUGCUCCCUGUAUGUAGCAUAAAUGCUUAAAAAUACUGCCUCAUUUGCAUAUGCUUAGAUAUGAUGCACAUAAUGCGAUUAUACGUGGGAGAGCCAUGCUUCGGCACGAAUGGGCCGGCUCGA